UUGUAGAGAGCGACGAAGAAGUUGCUCCGGUAAAAUUGCCUAAAAUUAUUAAUCAAACGCGAAAUAAUUCUUAGAAAUAACUGAAUUGCAUACAUUGAAUGUAGCGUAGUGCGGUUGCGUCAUUAACAACAAACGAAAAGUGUCAAAUACAAGCAUAAAAGUGAUUUUCAACGAGCCAGCGUAUUAUAUAUAUACACAUACAGACGAACAGAUGUACACAUAAUGUACAUUUAAUGCAUUAUUAUUAUUAUUAGUAUAGUGAACGUAUGUUAAGUGAGAAAAUAGAGUUUGGCAAGCGCCUGCAAAACAUUUGAAUAUCAUUCGCAGUUGAGUGAAGAAAGUGCAUUUUUAUAUGGUCGCUUCUGCUGCUGCACAAAGGGCUGGGGCCGUUGGCUGCUGCUAGGAGUUGCCGUCGUCGUCGUCGUCGCCAAAAACUUUCGUCGUCUCCGCAUUUGAGGGGAGGAGAGCACAUCAAUAGAUAUUUGUGUGCCCCGUCGCGCUUCUCAAGCCAUUGAGGAGCCCACACUGGAAUGUUGGAAUACCCACAGCGAUUCGCGCGCAACAUCCCCAACUCCUCCUCUGGCAACGCAAAUAGCUCGCCGCAGUAUCCGCCACAGCUGCCGCAGCACCAGAACUAUCAGAGCUGUCGUCAAUUGGCACCUGGCUCGCCCGCUCAUCAUCAGCGACACUCUUCGCUCUCCCAUCACCAACACCAACAACAACAGCAGCAGCAGCAGCAGCAACAGCAACAACAGCAACUGCAACUGCAACAGCAGCAAUCGCUGCAACAUCAUCGCACACUGUCGACCGCCUCCAGCUGCAGUGCCCAGCACAAAAGUGUGACCUUUGGCCAGCCAGCGAGCAGCGGCUGCCCGGCGCCGAUCGACUACAGCAACGGCGGCAGCAGCAGCGGUAACUCCAGUUGCAGCGCCGGAACUGGCAACGCUGGACAACAAUCAAUGGCGGGCAACAUGAAGCACGGCAAAUCUCAGGAAGACGUUUGCUACGUGGUAGCCAAAUAUGAUUAUGCAGCCCAGGGUGCUCAGGAGUUGGAUUUGCGGAAGAACGAGCGCUAUUUGCUGCUGGAUGAUUCCAAGCAUUGGUGGCGCGUCCAGAACAGUCGCAAUCAAUCCGGCUAUGUGCCCAGCAACUAUGUGAAGAAGGAGAAGCCCUCGCUCUUCGACAGCAUCAAGAAGAAGGUGAAAAAGGGUUCCGGCUCAAAGACUCUGCCCAAUUGUUCGCCUUCACGCCAAAUCGAGAGUCCAACCAUGUCCCGGCGCUUGCCACCCGAUCCGGCCGAGGCCAUUGGCACCGCCAUUGUCAAAUACAACUAUCAGGCGCAACAGCCGGACGAGCUCUCCCUGACCAAGGGCACACGCAUACUCAUCCUGGAGAAGUCGAACGAUGGCUGGUGGCGUGGCCAGAGCGGCAAUUCGGUUGGCUGGUUUCCCAGCAAUUACACAACCGAAGAUUGUGAUAACGAUGGCGAGAUACACACCUAUGCCAUGGCGGAGAAUGUGCUCGACAUUGUGGUGGCGCUCUAUAGCUUCACGUCGAACAAUGACCAGGAGCUGUCGUUUGAGAAGGGCGAUCGCCUUGAGAUAGUUGACAGGCCCGCCUCCGAUCCGGACUGGUAUAAGGCACGCAAUAAUCAGGGUCAAGUCGGUUUAGUUCCACGCAAUUAUCUACAAGAGUUAAACGACUACUUGGCCACACCCUAUCGCAAUACCAGCGGCAAUGCUGGCAACGGCAAUGCCACCGGCAGCAAUGGCGCCAAUGCCACCGGCAACGGUGCCGGCGGCGGUGGCGGCGGCGACUCCAUGGAGCGCCGCAACGACUGCAAUAACAAACAAACGCAGCCAAGUCAGCCCAUCGAGCGACCCAAUUUGGCGGGCAAAUCCUGGUACUAUGGCGCCAUCACACGCAGCCAAUGCGACACGGUUCUCAAUGGCCAUGGACACGAUGGUGAUUUCCUCAUCAGAGACAGUGAGACUAAUAUGGGUGAUUACUCGGUUUCCCUGAAGGCGCCCGGCCGCAACAAGCACUUCCGUGUGCACGUGGAGCAGAAUAUGUACUGCAUUGGACAGCGAAAGUUCCAUUCACUGGACCAGCUGGUCGAACACUACCAAAGAGCGCCCAUCUAUACGAACAAGCAGGGCGAGAAACUGUAUCUGGUGCGGUCGCUGCCAAAGGCCAACGGCACGUAAAUGGGCCAUGCCACACAACCCAAAACCCAUCAUCUAUAGGUCAUCAAUUUAAUAUAUUACUCGUAAUAUAACUAAAUACAAACUUAAAUACAACUUGAUAUGAUAGAGUACAUACGUAUCUAAACAUGGCAUAGCGCGUUGACCAAAUUGUUUUCUCAGUUUUGUAUGCUUCGCGAGAGAAAUCGAAAAAGAAUAUAGAAAGAGAUGAGAGAGAGAGAGUAUGUAUAUAAAUCGGUUAAUUUCGAUGCCGAUUCAUGUUCGAGUGCGUAAUAGACAGACUUUUUGUACUUUUAUAAAAAUUAUAUACAAAUUAAUAAUUAAUUAAUGCUUAAUUCGGCGAGCUUUCGAUUCAGUUCUUUAAUUUCAUUUGUCGCUACCUACUUUUUUUUUGUAAAAGAUAAAAAUGAAAGAACCAAAGGCUUCUUUUACUCAAAAAAAACACACACUUAAUUCUAGAUGUCAAAAUGCAUUACAUUUACAUACUCUAUAUGUAUAAAUACAUAAUAUACGAUAUUUAAACAUUGUAGCCAAGUAUUGUGUACACAGCAAAGCGCUUUUAAAAAACUGACUUAAGAUAUGUCUAGCUCUAUGUGUGUGAGUGCGUUUUUGUCAUGUGCGUGUGUGUGUGUGUGAGUGUGUGUAUGUGUGUGUGC